AGCUCCAGUAUCUGCCGAUGAUCAACAGCGUCGACUUGCAUGCCAACCAGCUCAACGGGUCCUUCACUUUCGACUUCUAUCCCGACUCUCUCGAGCGUAGCUUUCUCUUCUAUUUGGACUUGUCGGAGAAUCAGCUAUCUGGAGCCUUGCCCGCUAGCCUUCCAACGACGACGGGAAGUCACGAGGUAUACUCGUAUCUUUCCUUUCUGUCGCUCGCCAGCAACAUUCUAACCGGAACUAUUCCUUCCGCCUUGUGGUCGAACCUGUCGAGCCUCACUGCUGUAGACUUCUCCAACAAUCACUUCUCCGGAGAAAUCCCGACGGAGCUAGCAGGCCUGGUAGGACUGACGAGUCUCAACCUGUCUCGCAAUGAUCUCUCCGGAGAAAUCCCAACGAGCAUCUCCAACGGCAACGCACUCCAGCUGAUUGAUCUCAGCAGGAACACACUGGACGGGACGAUCCCUCCGGAGAUUGGUGACCUGUAUAUGCUCGAGAUGCUGGAUCUCUCGUACAACCAGCUUUCCGGAAGCAUCCCGACCGCACUGGACGACCUUCUCUCGCUCGCGGCUUUUAACGUGUCGGCCAACAAUCUCACCGGAGCUAUUCCUCAAGCCGGGGGCAUCCACAAGUUCCCAGCUUCCAGCUUUGCCAUGAAUCCUGGCCUGUGUGGAACACCUCUGCCACCCUUGGCUGUGCCCAGGAUGAAACGGACUCCAGGUUGCAACAAGAUGCUUGGCCGACUCAUUCUCCUGCUCGCUCUUUCCACCACCGUGUCACAAUCUUGCGACCCCGAGGAUGCUCGAGCACUUAUAAGUUUUAAGUCCGGUUUCGUCGACACUGCUGCCUCCCUGUUCUCGUGGAAUAACGUCACUGACUGCUGCGGAUGGAGCUGGAUUACGUGCAACAGCGCUGGACGUGUCAACACCCUCAAUUUAAGCUCUAUAGCCAUGUUCUUGAGCAACCAGCAAGGCCUGUCCGUCAUCGCAAACACCAUACCGCAGCUCACGCAACUGGAAUCCCUGGACCUGUCCAACCUCAACGUCUCCAGUCCGAUUCCCCAAGCCUUGAGUUCCCUGCCCAACCUCAAGCUUCUCGCUAUGAGCAACUGCAGCCUCUUCGGCCAAGUAGCAAGCUCUCUCUCCGAGCUUCCUCCCGGUCUGACGUACCUCGACAUCUCGUACAACCUCUUCGACGAUGGCGAUCCGGAAAGCAUCACCGCGCUCUGCAACCUCCGCAGCCUCGAGCACCUCUUCAUGGCGGGACUCCCCGGCUUGAUGCCCUUCAUCCCGUCGUGCAUAUCCCAGUUGUCCAACCUCACCACGCUGGACUUCUCCUCCAAUUCCCUCUCGCAGAGUUUCCCCCAGGAGCUGUCCACCCUCACGAAGAUCACACGCCUGGACCUCAGCAACAACUACUUCUGGGGAAGCCUCGAGCCGCUGUGCUCUUUGAGUGAAGUAACUUACGUCAACCUGGAGCUCGGCUUUGAUCCCACGAACAACACCACCACUGCUGCUAGUCUGCCCGACUGCAUUGGAAACCUCUCCAAGCUCACGGAGCUCCGCCUCUCAAACUGUUAUCUCGUCGGGGAGAUCCCAUCUUCAAUCGGCCAGCUUUCACAGCUUCGCUACCUCGGCCUGGACGGCAACUCCUUCACGACCAGGAUCCCGGACUCUCUCGGCAACCUCACGAACUUGGAAACUCUUGUUCUCAACAGGGACUCCACCGGCGGCGGCUCCAUCUACGGUGACAUCCCGGACUCUCUCGGCAACCUCGUCAACCUCAAGGACUUCGAGCUCUCCAGCGCUCAAGGCGUCACUGGACAGAUCCCCGAGAGCUUCCAAAACUUUGAGAGCAUCGAGACGCUCAUCCUUAGCAACCUUGGCAUCGGUGGCCGGAUUCGCGAGAGCCUCUUCCAGAGAUUCUCCAAGCUCGAGUUCCUGGACCUGUCCCAGAAUUUUCUCAUCGGCGCGAUACCAUCGUCGCUAGGCGCCAUGGCUUCCCUCGAGGAGAUCUAUCUCUACAGCAACAACCUCAACGGCUCCAUCCCCGACGCCAUCGCCAAUCUCACCCGCCUCGCGACGCUGGAUCUCUCCAGCAAUCACCUCGAUGGCCAAAUCCCCGGCCCAGCGAUCGCGCAGCUCACGGGGUUGCAAGUGAUGGAUCUCUCCGCGAACGAUCUCACCGGAAAUAUUCCAUCGGAGCUCGCGGAUCUCGGCCAGCUCGCGACGCUCGAUCUGUCCUGGAACCAGCUCUCCGGAGUGAUCCCGCCCGAAAUCCACGAUCUCUCAUCGCUGGAGUACUUCAGCGUCGCGAACAACAAUCUCUCCGGCCCCAUCCCGGCGGAGCUCGGGAGCUUCGAUGCCUCGUCCUUCGAGGACAAUGCUGGACUGUGUGGAUUCCCGCUAGAUCCGUGCUCAAGCUAGAGAUGAUCCCGGCCAGAGAUGGAGAAUAACCAGCAUAGCAUCGGCGCUUACCGCUCGCUCAGCGCUUCUUUCUUCCAAGAACCCUAGAAAUAGAAACGGGCAAAUACAUCAUCAAUCCUUGUCCGCCGCCUAAAACAUUUUUGCUCUGCGACUCCUCCAUAAUCUUUGAUGCAUACAUUUCGUGGAUGAAGGCAUAGCGUGCGAUCUAUCGCCCUAAAGCCUCUGCCUUCGUACUAGCAUUGGAGAAUCGGGCGCAUUAUAGUGAUGCUAUA